UAGCGGUUCCAGUAAACGUCGAAUAAUCGACGGCCGGUCGGUAAAGUGUUAACAUAGAGUCAUCCAAUGGCAAUAAUAACGGUGGCUAUCAAAAUAGAUAAAUACUUGAGACGUAACAACACUACAUCUAUUAUAAGGCAAGCAGUUAAAAUAUCCUCAGCUAACUAAAUAUUCUCGUUAUUUGAGUGCCAUCGUGAAAUCAUGAUUAAACCAGCGCAAUACGUUUUAUUAGAUACUUUAUGCAGAAACAAUGUAUCACUACUACUCGAUGAAUUCGACAAAGACCUAAAAAAUAUAUCUGGAAAAUGUAUGGAUAUCGGUUGUGGACCCGGGGAUAUAACAAAGGAUAUUCUUCUUCCGUUUCUUGGUCCAAAUGUGACAAUGAUUGGUACAGAUAUCAUGGAGAAAGUAAUUGAAUACGCUAAUAAAACAUAUGGUGAUAAGGAACGACUCAAAUUCGAAGUGCUGGAUAUUGAAACUAAAAACUUGCCGGAUAAAUAUAUUUCAGAAUUUGACCAUAUAUUCUCAUUUCAUGCUUUGCAGUGGUGCAAGGACAUUCACCAAACGUUUCGGAAUAUUUAUCGUAUGCUUCGACCUAGUAAAACUAUGCUUAUAUUAAGCAUAGCACAUCACGCACACACAUAUGAGUCUUUGGAAGCUAUGGCGCAAGAUAUGCGAUAUGCAGCAUACAUGGGGGACAAAAAUAAAUAUGUUGGAUCAUUUCAUUAUUCAACUCAACCUCACGAAGAGCUAAAGCAAAUACUUGAAAAUAUCGGAUUUCAAGUUCAUCAUUGCAGUCAUCGAAACAAGAGCGAAUUUCUGAAUACACAAAAAUUUUCAUCAAUGAUUACUUCACAAUACACUUUUGAAUUUUUGAAUAAGAUGCCGCAUGAUCUAAAGGAGGAAUUCAUGAAUGAGUUUAUACGUAGAUUCGAGGAAAUAAGAAUUGAAGAAUACAAAAAGAGACAAAAUGAUGAUAAACUACAUGAUCAUAUUCCUUUUUAUUAUACUGUACUAGUCGUAUAUGCACAGAAGCGUUUAUAAUUAUAUUAGCCUAUAUAAUUUAGCCUAUAUAUUAGCCUAUAUAAUUUAUGGGAGGAAUGAACAGAAUGUGUAUCUUUCUCCCCUUUCUUUCAAGCAUACUUGAAAAACAUUUAUCUUCUUUUAUUAUUUAGUCAACAUUAUUACAAAAUGAUUUAUACAUUAGCAAAAUUCAUCGCUGUUUCCCGGAUCUAUUGCAUUAAAAAAAAAAUUAUUUAAGAUAUGAUCGCUAUCGAAGCUCAUUCAAAUCACGCUGAAUUUCAUGGAUAAUCAAGAAUACGAUUAAGAGAUUGAUCAAACAAAAUGUUAUCUACAGAUAUGAAAUAUUCUGAAUGGAUUAACGGAUCUAAAACAUCAAAUUUUUUAUAAGUGAUGAUUAUGUGUUAAUAAAUUGAUAGCGAUUUUUCACCUGCAAAUCCAUUCUUAAAAAAGACAUGUAAAAUCGAUAAACUCGCAAGUAUAUUACUUCUUUUCCGCGAAGUUGAUUGAUUAUCUCAACAUUGCGUUGAGAUGACCCUUAUGAUAAAAUUUAUAUAAAUUUAUAUAAAUAUUACAUAAAUGUUUAUAACAAUAUGAUAAAUAUAUACAAACAAGUUAAAUAUACAAAAUAAGGUAACAUACAUGUAUAUUGCAUUUUACUUUUUACAUAAAUGCAAUUAUAUGUGCAAUUUUUGAUUUAUUAAAAAAAUGUAGAAUUUAUAUAUAUGCAUAUUUUUAUUUGUUAAAAAUAAAUGUGAAUAUAUGUCA